UCAAGCCAACAUCUCCACAGCCUCCUCUCCGCUGGAGGGCGAUACCGCGUCCCUCGAACCGUCGGCUUGAAAGAAGACAAGAAACGUCGGGACGGAGUAAAGCGUUCGGUCUAGGAGGAUCAAUAGGGUACGGUACGAGUGAGGUCAUGGCUGAGGUGGAGAUCCGUCGCUACCGGGAGGAAGAUCACGAAGAAGUGAAGGAUGUUUUUACUCUCGGGAUGAGCGAGCACAUCCCGUCUUCCUGCAUGCACGUCCUCAAACAGCCCCUGGCGCAGAUGUUUCUGGGAUGUGUGUUUUGCGCUUUGCUGACCAGCUCAAUGUCGAUCUUGUUACCCGUACUAGCAGUCACGCUGCUGUUGGCCGCGGGCAGGCAGAGCGUGACUUACAUGUUCACCAAGUACAUCCAGACCUGCCUUGAGCAAGAUCUCAACCACAUCCAGCAGACUUACCUGGAUCCACCUAACGCCUGCUUCUGGGUGGCCGAGAGCCAGGGUCGUGUUGUGGGAACAGUGGCCUGCUUGCCUUCCGGGAAAGACCAGAACUUCCUGGAACUGAAGCGGAUGUCGGUUAAAAAGACGCACCGCGGACAAGGCAUCGCUAAAGCGCUCUGCAACACAGUGUCCGACUUCGCCCGCGAGCGAGGUUUCUUAGGAGUGCUCCUUUACACGUCAGUGGUCCAGACAGACGCUCAGAAGCUCUACGAGCACAUGGGCUACCAGAAGGUCAGCGAAUUUAAUGCUCCGGACGCCAUCGCCAAGCUGACUAAUUUCACAUUGAUCGAGUACCAGCUCUUCCUCAAACAGCAUCAGAACUGAGAUUGAGAUUCAGGAAGACUUCCAAGGCGGUCAUGCUGGUUCAGAUCACUAAUGAAAGACACACCACUAUCAUUGAUUGUCUUUUUCUUCUUUGAAUCAUCAACUUGGACAAAAAGGGAAGCGUUAUAAGAAAUUGUUCAUGAAAUGCAGUCAUGGAUUACUCAGCAUUUGCGUAUCAUUCCAUACCAGUAUCACAGUUUGUCUUCAACACACGAAAGAUAAAGAAAUAUUUAUUUUUACUUAAAAACCUACGAAGUUUCUGUCCCUCCGUUGAAAGCCCAGGCAAAUCCAAAAAGGUCAUAAAGUUAAACCGAUUUAAUUUAGGGUUUGAUUUUCAUCUAAACAAUUCUCGAAUGUGUGAUUAUGCGAAUACAAGUGAUGUUUAUUUUAGUGACUCAUGCAAGCUUUCAUGUUUACCAUAUGCACUGCUCUGGAUUAUUCAACAUGUGAUUAAAACCCCAUCAUAUUAAUUGAUCAGAAAUCUCCAAAAGAAGGCAUUUGAUGAAUGAGAAUUAGCUUUCUCAUGUUUUGAACUUUCAGUUGAGAGACAGACCUCUGUUAACCAAUGCUGAGUUCAUUCGGAAAUGCCUGAUGGUGAGUAAACGAGGACAGAAUAUACUUUUCUUGAGUUAAUUAUUCUUUUAAAAAUCUUGAAUGUGUCUGAAUGUUCGUGUCGCCACUAAACAUUUAUUUAUUUAUACCUAGCCUGUCCAUGACUCAGUGAGUCUGAAGUCAAGUAUUUGUAUUUGGUCGAUGAGAGGCAUGAGAUGUAAACGCUUUGAAACUGUCUAAUGGUGCUAAACAGGAACUGCUUGCAAUGCAAAAGAUGUUACAUUUCCACCUCCUCAACAUUUCUUCAUAAUAUAAUUAGUUUCAACUUAAUGAAUAAACAGAAUCAAUAGCUCUAACGUUACUAUGUGGUCGACUUUUUCAAUGUUUUUAAAAUUUAAAUUAGAUUGUGACUGAGUGUUUAAAUGAUUGAAAGCAUCUGGAUGAAGCUGUUUAUUCUGAUAAAACCAAAUGCUAUUUGUUGUAAUAACCUAAAUCAAUAAAAUCGUUUAUAAAUGAA